AUGCCUUCUAUUUUGCUGUGCGCCCUUUUGCUUCACUUCACCACGACUGUGGCAUCAAACCCACAGUACAUCCUAUGGGUCUCCUCAGUGGUGCAGAGUAACUCCACGGAAAAAGCUUGUCUCCAUCUUUUAAACCUUAAUGAAUCUGUAUCCUUGAAUGUUGUCUUAGAACAUGAUGGCUCCAAUACUACUAUUUUUGAUCUGUCUGUGGAAGAGGAUACCUUCUAUUCUUGUGCAAAUUUCAAGGUCUCUCGGAAGUCCUCUGAACAACUUGCUUUCAUCACAUUGUUGGUGAGGGGAGAUACUCUUAAAAUCUCUGAGAGAAGAGCUGUAGCAAUCACUUCAGAAGAGACAGUAACUUUUGUGCAGACAGAUAAACCCAUCUAUAAACCUGGAGACAAGAUUAACUAUCGCAUGGUGACAUUGAACACUCAGUUCAAACCUGUUAAGGAUUUGUAUCCUUUAAUCACACUUCAGGAUCCUCAAAACAAUGUGAUUUUUCAAUGGAAGAAUGUGACAUCUGUCCAAAAUAUUACCCAGCUUUCAUUCCAGCUGAGUUCAGAACCGAUGUUUGGGGAUUAUACAAUUGCUGUAGAAGGAAAGUCAGGACAAAUGUGGACACAUCAAUUUACUGUUAAUAAAGAUGUAUUACCCAAGUUUGAAGUCAAGGUCAGUACCCCCCAAACCAUAACUAUUUCAGAUGAUGAAUUUCAAGUGGAUGCAUGUGCUAAGUACACCUUCGGUGGCUCUGUCCAAGGUAAAGCCCUAAUCCGAGUGUGCAGAGAAUUACUGUCUUCUGGGACCUGUGAGGAAGGCGCCAAUGACAUGUGUGAGCAGUUCGCUGCACAGUUGAAAAGUGGCUGUGUGUCUCAAGUCGUGAGUGCAAAAGUCUUCCAAAUCAACCGUUCUGGACUUUCCAUGACAUUUCACGUCCAUGUAAUUGUUACAGAAUCUGGGACGGGUGUGCAGAUCAGUGAGAAGACCUCUGUUGCUAUCACUGAACUGCUCGGCAGUGUGCACUUUGAAAACAUGGACAAUGUCUAUAGAAGAGGAAUUCCCUAUUUUGGAACUCUGACAUUUUAUGGCCCCAAUAAUGUGCCACUGAGGGGAAAGUUGCUGCAACUGGGGCUGAACGGCAGAGUUAUAGGGAACUACACCACAGACAAGAAAGGUGAAGCCCAGUUCGCCAUCGACACCUCGGACCUGCACGAUCCUGUCAUCUUCCUGAAAGCUGAAUUCCUUCAGCCCCGGAGCUGCUAUCUCCCUGGCUGGGUGACACCUCAUUACUCCGAGGCCUCCUUCUUAGUCUCACGCUUUUACUCCCGAACCAACAGCUUCCUGAAGAUUGUGCACCAACCAAAGCAGCUGAGAUGUGACCAAGAGAAGAUUAUAACUGUGCAUUACUCCCUAAACCAGGAAGCUUAUAAGGCUGACUCACAUGUAAACUUCUUCUACUUGAUGAUGGGGAAAGGAGCUAUCAUCCUCCACGGACAGCAGGAAACCAGAAACAAAGCCUGGAAUGGAAACUUCUCACUGCCAAUCGACAUCAGCGCUGACCUGGCUCCCGUGGCUACCCUGCUGGUCUACACCAUUCACCCGAGUGGGGAAAUAGUUGCCGACGGCAUCAAGUUCCAGAUCGACCAGUGCUUUAAGAACAAGGUGAGCGUUCAGUUCUCCAGGGAGCAGACACUGCCUGGCUCCAAUACCACCCUGUGUCUUCAAGCCGCCCCUGACUCACUCUGCGCCCUCCGGGCUGUGGAUAAAAGGGUCCUUCUGCUGAACCGCGAGCAGCAUCUGUCGGCAGAAACUGUGUACAACUUGCUUCCACAUAGAGAACCAUUUGGUUAUUUCUACAAUGGUCUCAACCUGGAUGAUGGUAGGGUAGAACCUUGCAUUCCCCAGAAGGACAUGUUUUACAAUGGUUUGUAUUAUUCUCCUGUACCCAUUUCUGAAGAUGAGGACACCUUUGAGAUCCUCAGGCGCAUGGGUCUGAAAGUCUUUACCAAUCUCCAUUACCGAAAACCAGAACUGUGUACGAUGGCUGGAAGUGGUCCACUCAUGAGGCCACUGUUCCUAGGAAGAGAAAGAUUGGUGCCCUACGCCUCAUCUCCAGCAGCAUAUUUUAAGGUGAGAGAAAAUGCCGACCAUGUACAACAGGCCAUGAUAAAAACAGUGAGGACAAACUUCCCCGAGACGUGGAUAUGGGACCUCUUCAGGAUCGACUCCUCGGGCUCCGCGAAUCUCUCGUUCGUCGUCCCGGACACCAUGACCCAGUGGGAGGCCAGCGCCUUCUGCGUGAACGGCGAGGCUGGAUUUGGCAUCUCUGUCCCCGCCGCCCUGCAAGUCUCCCAGGCUUUCUUCGUGGACAUCGCUUCACCCUUCUCCGUUGUCCGCAAUGAACAAUGUGACUUGAUUGUCAGUGUCUUCAGCUACCUGGACUCAUGCGCGGAGAUAUCUGUUCAAUUAGAAACAUCUCAGAAUUAUGAAGCCAAAAUUAACACCCUGAAAAGCAAUGACAGCGAGAUUAUCCAGGCUGGAGAGAAGAAAACAUAUGUCUGGACUCUUAAACCUAAAACCCUGGGUAAAGUGAAUAUCACUGUAGUUGCGGAGUCCAGACAAAGCAGUGGCUGCCUAAACAAAGCAACUGCACAGCAAAAUCUAAACUGGAAAGACGUCGUCGUCAGAAGCAUUUUGGUAGAGCCCGAAGGUAUUGAAAAGGAAAUGACCCAGAGUUUUCUUAUUUGCACAAAAGGUACCAAAGCCUCCAAGCAGGUGGUGCUGGAGUUGCCAAAUGACAUAGCAGAAGGUUCAGCCAGAGCCUUUUUAAUUGUCAUGGGGGAUAUUCUAGGAGUUGCAACACAGAAUCUGGAGAAUCUUCUCCAAAUGCCCUAUGGAUGGGGAGAGCAGAAUAUUGCCCUUCUUGCCUCCAAUACCUACGUCCUUGAUUACCUGAGCUCUACUAAACAAAUGACAGAGGGAGUCAAAUCUAAGGCAUUCUCUCUCUUGUCUAAUGGUUAUCAAAAGCAGUUGUCUUUCAAAAACUUUGAUGGUUCUUAUAGUGUGAUUUGGCAGAGAAAAAAGAAAGGAGACAUAUGGUUCAGCGUCCUUACUUAUAAGACAUUUGAGAGAAUGAAGAAGUACGUGUUCAUUGACGAAACAGUUCAAACACAGACCUUAAUCUGGCUUUUAAGCAAACAGAAAGCAAAUGGCUGCUUUGAAAGUGAUGAAAAGUUUUCCAACAAUGCUUGGGAGGGUGGCGAGGAAGAGGACAUCAUUCUGACCUCAUCUAUCGUUGUGAUGUUCCUUGAAGCUGGACUCAACUCCACUUUUCCUGCUUUAAGAAAUGGGCUCUUUUGCCUGGAAGAUGCCUUGCAAAGAGGCGUCACUAAUGGCUACACUCAUGCUGUCCUAGCCUACACUUUUGCAUUAGCUGGAAAAGAAGAGCAAGUGGAAUCCUUGCUCCAGAUCUUGGAUCAAUCUGCCACAAAAAUGAAUAAUGUGAUAUACUGGGAGGAAGAAAAGAAAGCCAAGACAGGCAGCUUCCCAUCCUUCAUUCCUUGGGCUCCUUCUAGUGAAACUGAGAAGACGUGUUACGUGCUGCUGGCUGUGCUGUCGCGGAGAACGCUGGACUUCUCCUAUGCUAGCAAGAUCGUGCAGUGGCUCGUCCAGAAGAUGAACUCCCACGGGGGCUUCGCUUCCAUCCAGGACACCACGGUCUGUCUUCUUGCCAUCACCAGCUACAUGAAAUUAACCUUCUCGAACGGAAGAAACACUGUCACCUUCACAAGUGAGGAAUCCAUGGAGAUUUUCCAGAUUAACAGGGAAAACCGUUUACUGGUCCAACGUUCAGAGCUAACGAAUGCAGAAGGACAGUACAGAGUCGAUGUGGAAGGCCAGGGUUGUGCAUUUAUCCAGGCAACCAUCAAGUUUAAUGUGCCACUUCCCAAGAAGGCAUCUGGGUUUUCCCUUUCCUUGGAAAUCAUCAAGAACACCUCUUCAGAUGUGUUACAGACCCAUUUUGACCUUACAGUGGCCCUCGAAUAUACUGGAAUUCACAACAACCCCAGUGUGGUCCUUGUGGAUGUAAAGAUGCUCUCAGGAUUUACCCCAGUCAUGUCAUCCAUCGAGCAGCUUGAAAACAAUGGCCACGUAAUGAAGACAGAAGUCAAGAACGACCAUGUACUUUUUUACUUGGAAAGUGAUUUUGACACAGCGAACAGUUUCACUUUUUCUGUUGAGCAAAGCAACCUUGUGUCUAACAUUCAGCCAGCUCUGGUGGUGGUCUGCAAUUACCACGAUAAAGAUGAAUAUGCCUUUGGUUCUUACAACAUUGGUAAUAUUUCUGGUUCCCAGCGAGACACACAGAAGUAACAGAUGGAAAGCUAUUUCUUUAACAAGCUCCUCUUCUAUACCAGCCCUGGAAGAAAACCAUAACAUACUGCACAUUUUGAAUAAGCCACAAUCUUUUAUGUCUUCUUGUCAAAUUUUGUCUCUU